UUUUUCUUGUUGAUGGAUUGUUUGCUCAGUGAAAAGAGAAUUAUGUAACAAAGUGCAAGUGAAAUUAGUAUCAGAGAGCCAAUAUAGAUUGCCCAUGGGGUUUGUUGACAGCCCACAAUCUUGGGUUCCAUAUGAUACCAUUAAAGACUGUUCUCAAGGUUUUUGCAGUCAAUAUUGCCCACAGUGGUGCUACCUCAUCCUUCCUCCUCCCCCUCCUUAUGAAUUUUCAGAUGAAGGUGAUGGCCCAAACUUCUCCCCUCUAGUUAUCGCGAUCAUCGGAAUUUUGGCAAGUGUUUUCCUUCUUGUAAGUUACUAUACCCUGAUCUCUAAGUAUUGUGGUAGGAACACAGAUUCAAUGAGAAGAAGAGAAAAUCAAGAUCCAAGUGAUGAGUUUGAUGAGAACAGGGACACAUUAAGCAAUACUGAACCAUGGCAUAUCUCUACAAGGGGAUUAGAUGAGUCCUUGAUCAAGUCCAUCACACUAUGCAAGUAUAAGAAGGGUGAUGGGUUGGUUGAAGGAACAGAUUGCUCAGUCUGUCUCAGUGAAUUUCAAGAAAAUGAAAGCUUAAGAUUGUUACCAAAGUGUAGCCAUGCCUUUCACCCUACUUGCAUUGAUACAUGGCUAAAAGCUCACUCUAAUUGCCCUUUAUGUCGCGCAAAUAUUGUGUUCGCGAAUCCAUUGCCACUUCAGUUACUGUCUCCUGUCCAUGAAAAUUCUCCAGAAGAAGGGUCUUCAACAGAAAGGCGGCGAGAGAAUGAUACACUAGUUGAUGAAGAGUAUUCAGAAAGGAGUGGUGGAGAAGAGGAUAGACAGGGGAGAUCAGAUUCUGUUCCGAAAACCCCCUUAUGGGGUUCAACUGAUUUGGGGGAAUUGGAGGAGAGUGAUACUAUAAUUGAGAUUAGAGAUGAAGGUGUACAACAGAUUAGACAUUCAGUUUCAAUGGAUCACUACUCAUGUCAAACUCAUAUUUCCAUAGCUGAUGUACUUGAAAUAAAUCAAGAUGAUGACUCUGAAUUGGAGGAUCACCAGUUUCAGACACAGGAUGUUGUCGGAUCAUCAUCGAAACAAUGGCAUGGUGCAGAAGAUAGCAAAUCUAACAGUAGAAGCAGAAGGGUCUUGCAUUGUGUUAUGAGUCCCACUGCCAUGAAGAGAUCAUUUUCAAGUGGGAGAUUGUUUUUUAACAAGCAUGGAAGGUUGAGGAAUACAACAAUUCCAAUGUGAAAGAAGUACUUCAAGUGAAUGAAAAAAAGGACAGUUACAGUGCAGUAAAAUAAGAGAUUUCUUUUGAUUGCUGAAAUCAUGAGCUAGAGAAACAAAAAGAAUUAGAGGUCUUUGGAGUAGAAACAUUAGAAUGAUAGCUAGAAGUUGUCUCUGAUGUGAAAAUCUGAGUUUUGUCUUCCUAUAUUGGAAUUUUUUUCUUCUCUGCUUUGUGGGUUUGCUGGCUCAAAGGAGGUUUGGAUGAAAUGGCUUCCAUGGUAAGUGAUUUGUCUUUUAUUC